AAAAUUAUUUAACUACCGUAAAACUCGUAGAAGAAGAAGACAUUAACAACAACAACAACAACACAACGUGGUGACGUAGUGCGGAAGUGGGCAUCUUCUCAUCCCCCUCUGGAUGUUUUCACGCCGGUGUUUUUCUAUAUUUAACAACAUUUAUUUUUCUGUAUUGAGGACACAGUUGUUGCUAAACUCGUAGGCAGCUCGUACGAGUGCAGAGAGGCUUUGAAAAGACACAUUUUUAGAGGGUUUUAACAAACAAACAGUGUUACAUGUGGGUGCUUACUCCAUUUAUCGGACACAGAUGCUUGUUCAGCUGGAUUAUGCCCCAAAAGGACAAGUGAGUGAAGAAACUUAAAUAAUAAUGCUGGAUCGUAUGUUGUCAGUGUGGUUCUGGUUCGGAUCAGAUCGGCCUGGCUUCUGUCUGGGAACAUCUUUACUCAUAACACUCAUGCUGCUGUUGUAUACUGGAGGCAUCCAGGCAAGUCUCAGCUUAGGUCCAGGUGGAGACUUCCCAAGAUUCAGAGAUGUGUUCCUGUAUGCGUUCAGUCAUGAUGAGCUGCCCUCUCUGCUCAUCAGCGUUGCCCUCCUGCUGCUGGUUGGACGUUGUCAGGAGCGUCGCUGGGGGACGGUCGCCUUCCUCGCCCUCUCCAUCCUGACACUGAUCCUAUCACCUCUCCUCUACGGCCUGGUCCUCUUUGUCGGUGGCGGCGAGGCGAGCCGGAUCUGCGGUUACUCUGCCAUCCAGCUGGCUCUGUUUACAGCACAGUGUCGGCAGGUGACACAGAAGAGGCUGAUGAGGUGUUUGCCGGUCUGGUUUCUUCCCUGGCUUCUUCUGCUGAUUGGUCUGCUGGUCCUGCCCGGGACACCUGCCCUGCUUCACUUCUGCACAAUAUGCAUCGGACACAACUAUCAUCAGUCCUUCAUUGGGACAUUACAGGAGCUGGAGGAGUCCAGGAUCUUGGAUUUAAUUCCUGAUUGGGCGUAUAUUCCCACAUCAGCCCGGUUGAGUUUGCCCACCUACACUACCUCACAGAGAUCUAGAUCACCUCCUCAGAGGAUGCCCGUGGAUCAGGCAGCUGCUCCCCCCAUGAGGGAUCCGUCUGUUUUAAACCACCACCCGUGGUUGGAUCCAGCGCCUCUCUGGAGGAUGGGAGAACCUGCUGUGCAGUCUGAGGCUGAGGUGCUGGAGGAGGAGAUGCUAAGGGCAGGGAUACUGGCCUCGUUACAGGAUGCUCCUGAUGUUGCUGAUGCAAAAGUAGAAGUGCCUAAAUCAUCAGUUUCCUCUCUGCGACUCCAGCAGCUGGAGAAGAUGGGCUUCCCUACAGAGAAAGCUGUAGUGGCACUAGCGGCCUCAAAACAACUAGAUGGCGCCAUUUCUCUGCUCAUUGAUGACAGUGUUGGAGAACAGGCUGUGGUGGUGUCAAAAGGAAAGACUUCCCCGCCACUGCAGAACACCUAGACGGCGUCGACCUCACUCUCCUGGAUUAAAACAGUGUUUGCUCUUGUGCAGUAAACUGGAUUUAUGAUAUGUUAUGCUUGGGUUUUGCUGAGCUUUAAUAUUCGAUUUUCCCCCUGUGGGCCACUUUAGAGCUACUUGAUGAACAGACUUCCUGUGGAAAACUGGAGCGUAGAUGCCAAUUCGAAUGCUUUGGAGACACUUUCUGCAUCAUAAAAUGUACAUUGGAGAGAGCGGAUGUCAUUUAUUUAAGCUGUAAUCAUGUUUAAUGAAUAUUGUAAUAACACAAAUGAAGAGAGGUGUUUUAAAAAAAAACAAUGAACAUCAUUUUAUUACACCGAUCAUCUAGACAGGAUUAUCUUAACACAGUAACACAUUAGCAAGAAAAAAAGUUUGAAAUAUGAAACGGUUACACGACAGCUUACAAAAUAAAACUACAAUUGAUCAUUUUAAAUAGUUUCACAAUAAGUUUGAUAUAAGAUGAAAAUAAAAAAACAAACAGUCUUUUCCAUCAGGACAGUUUAAGCAGUUUACCAACACAACAGUGGUAAAAAUAUGUUCAAGUUAACAUUAACAGUUUUGCUUUUUCCUGUGUGUGUGUUUGUUACAGAUCUUGAAAUGGACAUAUCGUUAUCGUUUCAUUUUUUUUUUGUAUACUUUGACAGUUUUCGUUAAGAUGCAACAAACCCAAAUUUAAAUGUUGGUGCUUUUUUUUUUUUUUGCACAGAUGUAAAUGUAAAUAAGAUAAAAAUUUAUUAAAUCGAUUUGUCAGUCUGUACUUUAAGGGGGAAAGGGGGGCACUCACACCAGAAAACUACAAAUCACUGUUAGCAACACAUAUCUCAGUUAGAGUGGAGAUGACUUCAUCUUUUUAGUGCACUACAUAACAUUGAGUUAAACAAUAUGAUAGAAGUAUAACAAAAUUAAUACUAAAAGAAGAGGUUUGUUUGUGUACU